UCAUCUACUUCUUCUCAGCGCCAUUUUGGCGGGAAACGUAACCGCGCAAACAGACACCUUAAAACCACUGCACAAAACAAAUUACAAAUCAGAAAUUUAACCUAAACCCAUUUCCAAUCUCCCAGUCAUCUCUCUACCCACAAACAGAAAAAUCAACAAUGUCAGCAGAAGAAGACGAUCAACCCCAAGAACUAACACCAGAACAAUUAAACGAAGAAUUCUCAGUAUGGAAGAAAAACGCGCCUUUUCUUUAUGAUCUCGUCAUUUCCCACCCACUCGAAUGGCCCUCUCUCACCGUCCACUGGGUCCCUCUCGCCGCCCCCCUCCCCCACCCGACUGAUCCGUCUUCUUUCGCUGUGCAUAAGCUUGUGUUCGGCACCCAUACGUCUGAUGAUACCCCUAAUUUUCUCAUGUUUGCUGAUGUUGUCUUGCCUUUACGCGGCGGGGAGCCACAAUCUAAAGGGAAAUCGGAAGAUUCUGUGAUUCCUAAGGUGGAGAUAGUUCAGAAGAUGCGGGUUGAUGGCGAAGUGAAUAAGGCGCGAUGUAUGCCGCAGAACCCGGAUUUUGUUGCUGCAAAGACUAGUGGGUGUGAUGUUUAUGUAUUUGAUUCUGGAAAACAGGGUGAUAAGCAGCGACAGGAGGAUUGUGAUCCGGAUUUAACGUUGAGAGGCCAUGAGAAAGAAGGGUAUGGAUUGUCUUGGAGUCCUUUUAAGAAGGGUUACCUUUUGAGUGGUUCGCAUGACAGUAAAAUAUGUUUGUGGGAUGUCUCUGCGGCUGCCAAAGAUAAAAUUCUUGAUGCGAUGCAUGUUUAUGAGGCUCAUGAAAGUGUAGUUGGAGAUGUAUCGUGGCACUUGAAGGAUGAGAAUUUAUUUGGUUCUGUUGGGGAUGAUUGUCGGUUGAUGAUCUGGGACUUGCGCACAAAUCAAACCCAGCAUUCCAUUACAGCUCAUGAGAAAGAGGUUAACUAUUUAUCUUUCAAUCCUUACAAUGAAUGGAUUCUCGCUACAGCAUCUUCAGACUCUACAGUUGGUCUAUUUGACAUGAGGAAGCUGAGUGCACCACUGCACGUUUUAAGUGGUCAUGUAGGAGAGGUUUACCAAGUGGAGUGGGAUCCUAAUCAUGAAACAGUACUAGCAUCUACUGCUGAUGACAGAAGGUUGAACGUUUGGGACCUUAACAGGAUUGGGGAUGAGCAAUUAGAGUUAGAUGCUGAAGAUGGUCCUCCAGAACUCCUUUUCUCCCAUGGAGGUCACAAAGCAAAAAUAGCAGACUUUUCAUGGAACAAGAAUGAGCAAUGGGUCAUUUCAAGUGUGGCUGAUGACAACACUCUUCAGGUGUGGCAAAUGGAUGAGGGAAUUUACCGUGAUGAUGACGAUGCUCUUACUGCCAAUGACGACCUGUAGAUUUAAGAUAAACUAAAAUCCAACCUUAUGUAUGUUAUUUAGCUUCACUUCCAAUGACGACCAUGACUAGGAUUAUGCGACAAUCUUGAGAAUAUGCCCUUUUUGUUUAGCUGUUUAUCAGCAAUUUCUGAAACUUGUUCUCAGCUUCAUUAUCAAAUGGAGGUGGCUCCAAUACUGUCAAACCA